AUGAACGAUACAUCUCGACAAAACCCAACUUUCCGUGCCGACCAAUCUUGGAAGCACCUAGGUAAAUUCGAUCGUUACACCGUCAAAAAGCCAAUUGACGAGGGCGAUACCCGAACAAACUCUAUUAUCAAAGUAUAUCAUGUAUCUGCUGCAUCAGGUGAAAACCAAACCGAGGAAGAGUUUUUACAGUCGAUGAGACAGGUUACAACCAAUGAUGAUACUUUACACAUCACGUUCGCCUCUCCUGUAGGAGGCAAAGGCUCCUCCAUCCCCAGGUUCUCAGAGAUCACCCUCACCAUCCCUGAUCUUCAUAUCAACAAAGAAGAUGCCUCACGAACUUUGACUAACAAAUUAAUAUCUGAAGGGAAAUCUCCACUUAAUGGUAUCAGAUUUUCAGACCAUUCUCAAAUUCCACAAACGCAUACUACCGAUGAAUGUGACGGUAUAGCAUAUUCUCGAGUUUUACGUGAACGUGAUUCCGAGACCGAACUUCAGAAAGAUCUCAACUAUCAGAGUACUUUUGAUGUUUAUUCUGGUAGAGUCAGACUCACAGGACCCCACAGGGGUGUUAUGGCGCUAGCUUCAGCAUCAACAGAUUUACUUAUUCCUUACAUCAAGAGCUCUAGAUUGCAAGAAGUGUAUGGACAGGUGGAGUCAUUCCCCAUUGGGCGAUCAACUUCUGGCGCUGCUCGAGAUUCUCCAUAUAUUCUUAGUAUGCAGAAAUCCAGCUGUCCCUUCACUAUUACUGUCACAGAUACCGAUGGAACACAUUAUGACGAAGAGCGCAUGAUUGCCACAUCCAGUCUGGACCGACACGACACUCGUCUUCUUGCGUCCGAAGAUACAAAAGGUCUUUGUAGUUGGAGUGCCGUCGCACUAAGCGAUGAUGGCAAUACAUUGACUCAGCAUUAUCGGAUUUGA